AUGCCCCAUUUCAAAGCCUUAGCUUAUACGAAAUCCGGGAUUCAGAUGCCACAAUGUUCUGGGAUUUUCACAAUAACAACCAAGAAGGAACGCAUGAAUCAAUGCACCUCUUUUCUGACCGAGGGACCUCUAAUUCGUUGCGACAUACGAACGCCUUUUCUGGACAUACAUAUAAGUUUACACAGCCCGAUGGCUCAUUCAGAUAAGUUUACACAGCCCGAUGGCUCAUUCAGAUACGUCAAGAUCCACCUCAAGACAGAUCAAGGAACACGUAAUUUUAGUGGAGCCGAGGCAACGAAAGUAGCUGGAGAGGCCCCAGAUUACAAUGUGAAAGACCUUUUUGAGGCCAUUGAAAAAAAGAAUCUACCUACCUGGACAGCAUAUUUGCAGGUUAUGGAACCGAAAGACGCCGAAACAUAUCGAUGGAAUAUAUUUGAUAUGACAAAAGUCUGGCCCCAUGCAGACUAUCCUCUAAUUCCAUUUGGCAAACUGGAAUUGAAUAGAAAUGUAAGUUGGAAAACUGCUCACACUAACUGAAAAGAAUAACACUGACUUUAAACCAGCCACAAAAUUACUUCCAGGACAUUGAGCAAGCUGCUUUCUCUCCGUCAACCAUGGUCCCAGGUAUCGAAGCAUCUGCAGACCCCAUGUUGCAAGCGAGAAUGUUUUCAUAUCCAGACGCUCAAAGAUAUCGACUUGGGGUGAACUAUCAGCAACUACCGCCUAAUUAUCCUCGCUCUCCAGUCUAUUCGCCCUUUCAGCGAGAUGGUGCCUCAAACUAUAGAGGAAAUUAUGGUCCUGACCCUAACUAUGUACGGACAAGUCUGCGAUCAGCAAAAUAUGGGGAGUCGAGUAAAGCUCAUGAUGAAUGGAUUGGGAAAGUUACGGUAUAUUCCACAGAGAUCCAAGAUGAUGAUUUUGUACAAGCGAGAGGGAUGUGGGAGGUCUUUGGGAAAACAGGGCAGCAAGAGGCUUUUGUAAGCAAUGUGGCCGCACAUCUGUCAGGUGCUAUUGCUAGAGUGCGAAGACAGGCUGUGGAAGUAUUCGCAAAGGUCGAUGCAGAUCUGGCUGAGAGAAUAGAAAAGGCCAUGGAGGGUUGAAAUUUGCAGACGUGCCUUGAACAUGGUUCAAGAUACAGUAGAGUUACAUUCAGGAGUAAUAUAGAACCAGGUAUUCUUUAAUGAAAUAAGGAAAAUUCCUUCAACGCGUAAGAA